UCCCCUCAUCUUGCAGCACAGUCAGUGCCUGGUAGCGAUUUAGUCGAGGGCGUACGGGCUUGAGGUAGCAGUGAAUGCACUUCUCCGCUGACUGUGGUCGUACUUUCCUCAUCUCGUACGGAUUACUACCGAGUUCACACCACGAUCAAUCGCCGCUUUGCGUUUCCCCGCUACGUUUCCCCAUCUGAAGGCCUGUCACAGAGUAAAGCGGCUCGGUGUGUGUGUGUUUAGACAGCGGCGAGAGAGCAGCAGUGUGUCCCCGAUGGCUGGCUGGAAGGACGGCUCAGUGCAGGAGAAAUAUCGCCUGGUGGUCGUCGGAGGUGGUGGCGUCGGGAAAUCAGCAUUGACCAUUCAGUUUAUCCAGUCAUACUUCGUCACUGACUAUGACCCCACGAUUGAAGACUCCUACACAAAGCAGUGUGUGAUUGAUGAGAGGCCUGCGCGGCUGGACAUCCUGGAUACUGCAGGACAGGAAGAGUUUGGAGCCAUGAGAGAACAAUACAUGAGGACAGGGGAGGGCUUCCUUCUUGUCUUCUCUGUCACUGACCGGGGAAGCUUUGAAGAGAUCUACAAGUUCCAAAGACAGAUCUUGCGUGUGAAGGACCGGGAUGAGUUUCCCAUGAUUCUAGUUGGUAACAAAGCUGAUCUAGAGCUACAGAGACAAGUGACCCAAGAGGAGGGCCAGCAACUAGCCCGACAACUCAAAGUCACAUAUAUGGAGGCCUCAGCUAAGAUCCGUAUGAAUGUAGACCAGGCUUUCCACGAGCUUGUUAGAGUAAUAAGGAAGUUCCAGGAGCAAGAAUGCCCACCCUCGCCGGAGCCCACGCGCAAAGAGAAGGACAAGAGUGGCUGCCAUUGUGUGAUUGUCUAAUUGGCCUCUCACUGCCACCAUUCACCUAGCUGCUGUCACCAGUCCCUGUCCCCCACCCUGCCUUCUGACAUCACAUCCUAUUUGGAUGAACUCGCUGCCUUUCCACAUGUGCAUGUCUUCAAAACAGCAGUCUUUCUCAUAGCCUUAUCAGGGGCGUUUUCGGCCUCUAGGACUUCACUACUAGAAGAACCAAACUGACACAAUCUUGAUCGAACUCACCAUUCUAGCUUCGACUAGAGUACUGACAUCAAUGUGACUUCGCAAAUAGAAUAUGGUAAUCAUGCCCCAACACUAAACAUCGCUUCUUACAAAUUUGCUAUAAAACACACACAGUUAUUAUUAUUAUUAUUUUUAUUUUUUUGUAUUUUGAAGGAUUUUUUUCCUCUGCCUUGUGACUUUUGCUGAUCAAAACCUUUGGGAUUGUUGAAGAGUAAAAUUUUUAGUCACUGACCUUUCAUGAGAUCUAAAGUGAGAUGAUGUUCUGAAGCUUUGUGUGUGUUGUGCCAUAUCUGUUUUUACUUCCAUAUGCUAAGCAGCAAUUGUACAUACGUGAAGAUUUGUGUGAGUUGAGACCGCCUUUAUAACGACAACUCAAUUGCCAGAGUACUUAGUGUGAGAUUGAUGAGCUUGUUUUGACAUGCAUUAAAACAAUAAUGUACUUGCAUAAAUGUACAUAGAUAGCCUCUAACAUUAUGUCAUUUGUCAGAAGUAAAGUCAAUUACCUAACUUUUAUUUUUGGCCAAGAUACCAUUUUAUCAUCAGUCUUUUUUGUUUGCAAAGGGCCAUUCAGACCAAAUGCAUUUUUGCUCUAAAAAAUCUUAAUGCAGCGCAAAGAAUAGAACAGAAUACAGGCAUCUCAAGAUGCACUUUUAAAAGUUUAAGUUCUUUUUAACUUGGCAUGGUGUCUAAAAAUGAUGCGCUCCUGUGCGUGACAAAAAAACAAAACAAAAAAAAAACACGGUGCAGCGGUCAAAGAUUACAGUCUUGUUCUUUUUUACAUAGGAAAACAAGCGCAGACAGACGCAAUAAUGUGUUCGUUGUGAACGUUCCCCAAGGCUUCUUGGCACGUAUGGAUUUGCUUCUUUUUAGUUCUGUGAUCUCAGAUUGUGAAAUGUAUUAUACAUGACAUGUUGCCAGAUUGUUCAAUCCUUUUUAACUCUCAGCUCAGAUUUCUACAGACUAUUUUCAGACUCAGGUUGCUCCAUUCACAGCGCUUUUACAAUGUUCUUACAAUGUACAAUGCUUACUCACUAGGAGUGCACAAUAGGUUCUCAAUUCUGUACUAGGUACCCCACCAAGAUCGAUGAUACAGAGAAGUAGUCUCUGAACUAAUCAUGUCUUUGUUCUGGCCUUAUAUUUCAGUUUUGUUUUGUAUUGGUUUUGAAAUGUAUUUAAGUGACUGAAACAGCUCGAGGACAAAUUCAAUUGGACAGUGGAACUGCUGACAUCAGAGGCAUCUUUUAAAGGAACAGUUCAAAAGUUCUGUCAUUAUUUGCUCACCCUAAUUGUGUUUCAGACCCAUUUGGCUUUCUUUUUUGUGUGAAAUACAAAAGGAGAUAUUUUAAAGAAUGUCACAUUUGCUGAUUUCCGUAUCAUAGCAGUUGAUAGUGACUUUAAUAAUCAAUGAGUUUUAAUGUUAUUGGUGUGUGGCCAUAUUUGAUUUGGGAUUUGUAUGCACAAGCAGAUCAAUGAUUUGAUUUGAGUGAAUAAUGACUUCAUUUUUUAUCAUACAAAGUGAUUGUGUACCUUCAGAGCGAGUCUGAUUGCUUUUGCAAACUACUUUUAUGACACUUUUGGGUGCUAUAAAAAUUGAGUCACUAUCAACUUCUAUUCACAGUAAGAUCAUAUCUGCAGAUGAAAGACAUAUGGGUUUGGAACGACAUGGAGGUUAAUUUUUUUAUUUUUGGGUAAAUGACCUUAUCACAUCAGAGAAAAUGAGUUUUUUGGGCAAUUUUUGCAUCCAAUGCAUUUUUGAUACAAUCCAGCUGAAGUGCGCAAGCAUUCAUACAUCAGAAAUCCACAUUCCCUCAAGAGUGGUCUGUUUUUAAUAUGGUUUGAGUGCAAGGUGAGGUUGAUGUCUCUGUGACAUUCACACUUCAUCAUGGUAUUUCUCAUGUAUCAGUCUGACAGCUGAUAAUUUUCUUCAUACUCCAAGGGUUCGUAUCACUAUUGCAUCAUGUCACAUCUUCUGUUUCGUCUUCCUUUUUUCAGUGUGCAUAUCUGUACAAGGAACACAAAUAAACUAUUUUAGUUUUGUGUUUUAUCAUCAUGUAAUAUAAGAAAAAAGAUGGAAGUGAUCUUUUGAAUGACAUGAUUAAAUGUUUUUAUUAUAUACUUUUAUACAUUAUUUUCUUAUCAGGCUAGUAAUGAGUAUUUUUAUAUGUUUGUAAGUGAAAAUGCUCUUGUGGCACAAUUAUGUGUAUAUGUAAAGACGAGUAUUUAAUAAUCUGUUUGCAGCAACAACAACAAAAUAAAUUGGCCAAUGGAUGUUGAACUGUGGUCAAAGACCUUUCCAGCUUUGGUGCUCUGAAGCUGUUUAUCAGCCCCCACCAAUAAAUGUUGUCCACAUAAUAGACCAUAAUUCAGGCCAUCUCCACUGGUGAAUUCUGGGCCAAUACUUUAGUCAUAGGCCCUACUGUGAUGACUCGUUUUAAGGUUUAUACCCUACCUUAAAGAUUUUCCUUUAUUCCAGUCACCAACAGAACUGAUCAACAUGAAAUGAAAAGCUUUUCCAACACUGUUUGGGUUUGUGCAGAUCAGUAGAAGUCAUGGUUGAGCUAGUAAAAAUAGAUGCACAGCACUAAAGGAUGGAACAAGUGCAGGACUCUUCCUCUUCUUAGCAGAGUCUGUGAACAUCUAAUCCAUACAGUGUUUUAUUUGUCACAUCUUUCCCACUAUGUAUAGCCUCUGAUGGUAUAAUAAAAACAAUAAUUAAUGUA